CGCUUCACUUCAAAGCAAAUAAAUAGGAACUCGAAUUUUCCGCUGCUCGCCGCUUUUAUCCACUGGAGCCUCGCCUGCGAGAUGGCUAAUCCGUGCCGCUGGUGUCGCGUGUCGCACGACUGCGUGCUGCAGAUUAACGUGGUGCUGGUGGUGGUGGGGCUGAUCUUCCUGCUGGACGUGUUCAGCCACCUCUACCUGAAGACGGUCAUGUUUCCCGGCCUGCGCCUCUACCCGGUGGCCUUGCGCCCCUGGCUCUUCUGGGUGCGCGGCCUGACGAUGGUGGUCUACGUCCUGAACGCGAUCCUCGGAAUCCGCAUGGCCCGGCGGCCGAGCAUCUUUAAGUUCGCGGGGUACAUGCUGGUGGGCUGCGUGGUGCUGCUGUACACAUCCAGCAUCGCGGUGACUCGCUUCAUGUACCGCCGCAGGUUUGAGUUCUUCGUCCAGAUGCUGGUGCUCCAGAUGUGGAUAGGGGACAGCCUGGGCAAGGUCGAGGUGGAGUUCGGAUGCUGCGGCAAGACCAGCGUGGUCGACUACCAGACGGCCUCGUCCAACCGCACUUGGGCCAGUGGCUCCUGCUGCCGGGAGCAGAACUGCCCCGGGUGCACCACGAAGCUCACCGAGUACCUGUGGACUGUCGAGAUGGACGUGGCAAGGGACAACAUCAUCGUGUCCCUGUUUCUCCUCCUGGGGUUGAUCGUCAUGGUGACGCACUUCAAGGACGUGGAGUUCAACGAAGACCCCUACGACUCUGACGACUCUGAGGAGGAUUUAGAUCAGAACACGGGCACGAAGAAGACGGACCCCUCCACAUCCGGCCGUGACGGCGAUUAGGGGCGAAAUUAAUUACCUCUGCCCGCUCUGGUCAAUUGAACUUUAAUUCAGCAGUGAUAGCCAACGCCUCUGGCCAUCUUGUUCCGGCUCAUUAAUUUGGAACCCAGCAAUGCUCCCACAUUCCCACAUCCAGCAGCGCUUCUGUUAAUGCCGCACUUAAUUAGCCCUCGAAACAAAUGCCACAAAUACAUUUAAUGGCUGCGAUAUGAGCCUUAGCAAACCAA